AUGGCAGAAGACGCCCGUGAAGUCGCUGAAACCUCUCGGGAAGCCGUAACAACCCUGCCCAAAAAACCCUACACACCGCCGGCACCACCCACGGGCGCAAACGAGUAUGCCCGGCCCGCGCAGGCCACCCUCACAGAUGCUGUGAAGUCAAUUUCAAUGGAGGACUUUAAAAAUGUCCAUAUGCAGCCGUGCGUCCGUAACUCACUACUUUAUGGUAUUGGAACCGGGUUUGCGUUCGGAGGGUUGAGACUGGUUCUAGGAGCUUCCGUACCAAGAGCGGCGAACUGGGCGGCUGGUACAUUUGCGGGUGCUUCGCUCAUGACAUAUGAGUUCUGCCAGUUCCGGCGACACCGGGAAAAGGCGGGGAUGCAACGGGCGAUCGAGAUUAUUGAUCGGAGGAAGGCGGAGAGGGAAAAGCAAAUCGCAGAGAAGAAAGAGAAAUUGAGGAUUGAACGGGAAGAGAAGGCGAAGGCCGAAGAGGCGGCCAGGAUUGCGGCGAUGCGGCCGUGGUAUAAAUUCUGGUGA